UGGUUUCUGUCUGCCUGUUCUAUGGCUGUGUGGCGUUUCGCCGGCACUGAGUGAGUCCACCUGAGUGCUUAAUUCUGCUGGCUUCUGGAUCCCACGUUAGGCUCCUGUCUACUCACCUGCCUCAUCUGUGGCUACGCUUCCAGUCCUGCUUCUCAAAGGAGAAAAAAUGGUGACACCUCAAGAGGUCCUCUUCAGAACUUUAGAAGAUUUGGGAGCUGAGGACUUUGAAAAAUUCAAGUGGUUCCUGCAGCAGCAGGGGGCGCUAGAAGGCCUCCCAGCAAUCCCAAAGAGUCGACUGGAGGAUGCAAACCGCAUGAAAACCAUAGAUCAGAUGUUUCAGACUUACAGUAUAAACACGAUUAAAGUGACCAGAACAGUUUUAGUGAAGAUAAAUCAGAAUGAACUAGAGAAGAAAUUAUCAAACACCUCCUUCGAACCUGAAGAGAUUCUUGCUGAGUGCCAGAGAAAACUCAAAUCCAAAUUACAAGAGAAGUUCCAGUCUGUGUUUGAGGGGAUCACUAAAGCAGGAAACCAGAUCCUUCUGAAUCAGAUCUACACAGAGAUCUACAUCUUAAAGGGAGAAACUGCAGAGGUCAACAUGGAGCAUGAGGUCAGACAGAUUGAAACAGCAUCCAGGAAACCAGACAGACCAGAAACAACAAUCAGACAAAAAGACAUCUUUAAAGCCUCACCUGGAAAAGAUAAACCAAUAAGAAGAGUCCUGACAAAGGGAGUGGCUGGCAUUGGGAAAACAGUCUUAACACAGAAGUUCACUCUGGACUGGGCUGAAGACAAAACCAACCAGGACAUCCACUUCACAUUUCCAUUCACUUUCAGAGAGCUGAACGGUCUGAAAGAGAAAAAGUUCAGCUUGGUGGAACUUGUUCAUCACUUCUUUUCUGAAACCAAAGAAGCAGGAAUCUGCAGGUUUGAAGAGUUCCACAUUGUGUUGCUCUUUGACGGUCUGGAUGAGUGUCGACUUCCUCUGGACUUCCACAAUGCUGAGACCCUGACUGAUGUCACAGAGUCCACCUCAGUGGAUGUGCUGCUGACAAACCUCAUCAGGGGGAAACUGCUUCCCUCUGCUCGUCUCUGGAUAACCACACGACCUGCAGCAGCCAAUCAGAUCCCUGUUGACUGUGUUGACAUGGUGACAGAGGUCAGAGGGUUCACUGACCCUCAGAAGGAGGACUACUUCAGAAAGAGAUUCAGAGAUGAGGAGCAGGCCAGCAGGAUCAUCUCCCACAUCAAGACAUCACGAAGCCUCCACAUCAUGUGCCACAUCCCAGUCUUCUGCUGGAUCUCUGCUGGAGUUCUGGAGGAGCUGAUGAAUACCGGAGAGGGAGGAGAGCUGCCCAAGACCUUGACUGAGAUGUACAUCCACUUCCUGGUGGUUCAGUCCAAACGGACAAACGUCAAAUAUCAUGGGAAAUCUGAGAGAGAUCCACACUGGAGUCCAGAGAGCAGGGAGAUGAUUGAGUCUCUGGGAAAACUGGCUUUUGAUCAGCUGCAGAAAGGAAACCUGAUCUUCUAUGACUCAGACCUGAAAAAGUCUGCCAUCGAUAUCACAGCAGCCUCAAUGUACUCAGGAGUGUUCACACAGGUCUUUAGAGAGGAGAGAGGACUGUACCAGGACCGGGUGUUCUGCUUCGUCCAUCUGAGUGUUCAGGAGUUUCUGGCUGCUCUUCAUGUCCAUCUGACCUUCAUUGAGUCUGGAGUCAAUCUGAUGGCAGAAGCAAGAUGGUGGUCCAAAGUCUUCGGAGACAAACCUAAACCAAAACAUCUCUACCAGAGUGCUGUGGACAAGGCCUUACAGAGUCCAAAUGGACACCUGGACUUGUUCCUCCGCUUCCUCCUGGGUCUUUCUCUGGAGACCAAUCAGAACCUCCUACGAGGUCUGCUGACACAGACAGGAAGUAGCUCACAGACCAAUCAAGAAACAGUCCAGUACAUCAAGAAGAAUCUCAGGAAGAAUCUGUCUGCAGAGAGAAGCAUCAACCUGUUCCACUGUCUGAAUGAACUGAAUGAUCGUUCUCUAGUGGAGGAGAUCCAACAGUCCCUGAGAUCAGGAAAUCUCUCCACAGAUGAACUGUCUCCUGCUCAGUGGUCAGCUCUGGUCUUCAUCUUACUGUCAUCAGAAACAGAUCUGGACGUGUUUGACCUGAAGAAAUACUCUGCUUCAGAGGAGGCUCUUCUGAGGCUGCUGCCAGUGGUCAAAGCCUCCAACAAAGCUCUGUUAACUGGCUGUAAGCUCUCAGAGAGAAGCUGUGAAGCUCUGUCCUCAGUCCUCAGCUCCCAGUCCUCUAGUCUGAGAGACCUGGACCUGAGUAACAACGACCUGCAGGAUUCAGGAGUGAAGCUUCUGUCUGAUGGACUGAAGAGUCCACUUUGUGAACUGAAAACCCUCAGUCUGUCAGGCUGUCUGAUCUCAGAGGAAGGCUGUUCUUCUCUGGCCGCAGCUCUGAGGUCCAACCCCUCCCAUCUGAGAGAGCUGGACCUGAGCUACAAUCAUCCAGGAGACUCAGGAGUGAAGCUACUGGAGGAUCCACGAUGCAGACUGGACACUCUUAGGGUGGACCAUGAUGGAGAGCACAGGUUAAAACCUGGUGUGAGGAAGUAUUUCUGUCAACUCACACUGGACACAAACACAGUACACAGAAAACUCAAACUGUCUGAGAACAACAGGAAGGUGACAUGUGUUAGAGAGGAUCAGUCAUAUCCUGAUCAUCCAGAGAGAUUUGACUACUGUAGUCAGCUGCUGUGUCGAGAUGGUCUGACUGGUCGCUGUUACUGGGAGGUCGAGAGGAGAGGAGAUGUUACUGUAGCAGUGAGUUACAGAGGAAUCAGCAGGAAAGGAGAGAGUGAUGACUGUUGGUUUGGAUACAAUGAUCAGUCCUGGAGUCUGUGGUGCUCUGAUGUUGGUUACUCUGUCUGGCACAAUGACAUUAGAACAGUCCUCUCCUCCUCCUCGUCUCGUAGAAUAGGAGUGUAUUUGGACUGUCCUGCUGGCUCUCUGUCCUUCUACAGAGUCUCCUCUGACUCACUGAUCCACCUCCACACCUUCAACACCACAUUCACUGAACCUCUUUAUCCUGGGUUUGGGGUCUGGUCCUCUGGUUCCUCAGUGUCUAUGUGUGAUCUGUAGGACGGAGACGACUUCCUGUCCUGUGGUCUGAAUGUUGGAUGAAGCUUCACUUUGUUUAUCAUUUGAUUCUCUGAUUGUUUCUUAAAUGUCUCAAAUGUUCUCUUCUUAUAAACGGUGAAAUGAUCUCAGGGCUGAACUCUGAUUUUCUCUUGAAUCAAGUUUUUUUUGGAGCAGCGUCUUGUAGCUGCUAAUGUCUGUCGUGAUUGAUCUCAAUAAAGGUUUAAAGACUCACGAGAACAGCAGCUUCUAACAAAUGUAAAUCUGAUUCUGUUUUAAAGAGGAAU